AUGAGUGCACUGAUGUUAUCCAAAGUUCGAUCAGUAAUUUCGGGUCGACAACCAUCUGGAAAUGAGCCACACAAGGUGGGACUUGUGGUAGAUAUGGCCGAUUCUCAUCUCAUUGGCGGACUUUUUCCUGGUAAUAUUUUAAUUAGCUAAAUAUUUUAAAAAUGGUUUAAAAAACUUAUUUUUAAAUAAAUAGCUUUAGGGUAAUAUAAAAUGAAGAAUAUCUAGGUUGAGCUCCUAAAAAUUAAUUUCUACUUUUUUUACAGUAUAAAGUAAAAUAAUUUUUUUCGAAAUAAAUUUUACACUUUUUAGUUACAGUAGGUCCAGACAAGCAAGAAUACCCGUAUUCCCGACCAGAAUUCCUUCACUUCGCCGAAGAAGAUGUUGCGCUAGCUCUAGAUCAACAAGUUCGACCAGUCCUUUGUCCAAAGUUUCCCAACAGAAUGCCAGCCUUUGCUGGAUACGCUGAAUGUUGUAAUGCUGGUAAAUCGACUCUAAAUGAAGAUCAAGCAACAGCAAAGAUAUUACAGUUUCAUCAACUUGGGUACGAAGCCGAGAGUACGGUCGUUAUUGAUGAUAAGAACAAAAAGAGUAAGAAGCCAGAGAGGAAGAAGAGUGAUGAAGAUGUGCUGAGCUUCUCACCCAGUUUGUCCAGCGAUGACAGUCCAAGCAUACCUCAGAUUAAGGCAGCUUUUUUUGGACUAUUUGAUGGGCAUGCAGGCAGUGGAGCGGCUUCUAUUUCUGCUAAUUGUCUUCAUGAACAUAUUAAGGUAGGCAUUGAUAUGGGCAUACUAUUAUUUAUUUUAGGGUAGGGUGAAGAACUAGGAGUAUAUUUUUGGGGCAGGUACGCUUGGUCAAAGUAGGUUGGGUAGGGCAUAGUCAUUUUUGGGUAGGCUUGGGUACUGUAGAGUAGGUUAGUCUCGGGUAAGGUCGGUUCGAGUCAUGUAGGGUCGGAAAGGACAAGGUAGGAUAGGGUAGCGCGUUUAACAGAUUAAAAGAUCUAGGUUUCUUAACCAAACUGAUGUCAUCUAUUCCAGAACAAAGUGAAUGAAGUAGUUGAGACAGUGUUGGCGUUAUCAGCACGAGAGUCACAUUAUACUGGAAAGAAAGCCAAGAAGGAUGAUCUACGAUGUAACCCGAUCGACAGUCAAAGCUUGAUUAUUGGAGCAAUCGAAAAAGCUUUUUUGGAAAUGGUAGGUUUUUUAAAUGUUUGACAAAAAAAUGUUUUUAGUUUAUAUUUAUUAUGUUAUAACACCUACUUACCUUAUGUCAACCUUCAGGACGAUCAAAUCGCGGAAGAAAAGCAAUACGUCCGAAUCGGCGGAGGCUGUGCCGUUCUCAUCGCUCUUUUCUGCCUCAACAAGAUAUUCAUAGCCAACGCGGGUGAUUGUCGAGCAGUCUACGUAUCUCCACGCGAUGUGCGACAAGUCAGCGAAGACAUGACCCCAGUUAGAGAAAGGAAACGACUUCAAUUCUUGGCGUUUAACAAUGAAGAUGCCUUGAACAACUCAUUCUCUCGACUAGAAUACAGUCGAUUCUUGACUCACAAAGACUUGGGUCAAAAAGUAUUGUACAGAGACUAUUAUAUGGACGGGUGGACGACUAAAACUGUAAAGGAAUAUGAUUUAAGGCCACCAUUGAUCAGUACGAGGAGUAGGAAGGCUAGGCUCUUGAAUACGAUUGGAGUUAGUAGAGGGUUUGGAGAUCAUCAUCUGAUGACAUACGAUGAUAAGAUCAAUAUUAAACCGUUUUUGUCGGCUAGUCCGGAGGUGAGUUGAUUUCAAAAAAACUUUUUUUGUUAAGGGAAGGGCAGUUCAACGUAGGUUAGGGUUGGGUAGGCUAGGGAUGUUAUUGUAGUAGGUACUUUUAUGGGCUUGAUGAUUUGAUUUGAAAAUAAAAACAAAAGGAUAGAAGGAGGCUUUUUAAGAAGGCGUAUAAGAUAUUCAAAUUCAUUAUAUUGUAGAUCAAAUUAAAAUAGAAUGGCGAGCUGUAAAACCUUUCAACUUAUGUUAUUUUAGGUAACAGUAUUGGACUUAUCAACGUUGGAAGAACUGACAGAUUCAGAUGUGCUUGUAAUGGCUUCAGAUGGUCUUUGGGACGUACUCAGUAAUGAAGAUGUAGCUAAAAUUGUACGAACAACGUUAAGUCAAACGGAUCCUAGUGAUCUUACUAGGUAGGUUAAUAUGAUUUGAAUUUUAGGGCAUAUAUCUUUACAUAUACGACUAAAAGUCAUAAAGUUUUGACACAACUUACUCUUACAAAAUUUCAAAUUUUUAUAAAAAUACUGUAACUUUCAGGUACACUACCGUAGCGCAAGACCUCGCAGCCGCAGCUCGUGGUAACCCGAUGGAAGGCUGUAAAUGGCGGCUCACCUGGAACAAGGAUGAUAAUAUAGAACAUGUAAAAGAGAGUCCAGCUACAUCCUCGACUUCUUAUGGCACACAAGCUUCUUUGGACGACAUUUCUGUUCUUGUUAUACCUAUCAAGUUUGCCACGAAUCUACCACGGGACGAGGAUGAUGAAGAUGAUGAGGAACUUCUUGUUUUUUGA